UCUAAUGACAUAGGCUGCCUUAAACUGUCAAAAAAUGUUUUAUUAAUUUGAAGGAAACAAGAAGACUCUUUGUUCUCUUCACCUUAACAACUAAUACAACUCUGUUCGAACCACUGACACAUUUAAAUGAUGUUAUCUUAUAUGUGAUCUUUGACUGAACUGUGCCUUUAAGAAACCCGAGAACAUAUCAGAACGUGAUUUUAGUAAUUUGUCUUACGAUAAUGUCAAACAAAUACAACAGAACGGUUAUAAACAUAUAAUAAUGGCGUAUUGUAUCUUCCCAUAUUUCUUCAUAUAGAAACAUAUACAGAAUAGUGAGGCUAUACCUAAAACUGAGCCAUAAAGUAGCGGAACUGUUCGUAACAUUACGCUAUUUCCCAACGACUUCAUAUAUCAGACGCACGAGGUGCAUUUGAUUGGGAACAACAAGAAUUUCAGGCGGGUGGAGUUUCUUCUAGCACGUUGACAUUUAAGAGCCGCCCCAAUUUCGUACUGUAACGGGUGACGGAGAUUUUUAAAAUAAGCACGCUAGCAGAAGUCUUUUGGUGAAUCGUUUUUCAUGUUAAUGUAACAGCGAUCUGAGUUCAAUCUUAACGAAGUUACCACUAAAUAACUUUCAAUUUCAGCGAUAGUAGGGGUCACACGAUUGGUGACCGACAACAGGAUAAUAGUUUCGGAUAUAUUUAAGUGAAAGUAACAUUAUCUUUAGCUAGCCUGUGCAUGGACUGGAGUGCCAUCGUUAGCCUGCCUUCUGUUGACAUCAUUUGAGCUUUUGUGGAGAUUUACGUGAAUUAAGACAUGUCAGAGUCUGGACACAGUCAGCCCGGGAUCUACGGGCAGGGACGCAGGAGGAGGCGACGCCGGGGAGACAGAGAUGCUGGACCUCCAGGGCAAAAUUUGUCCGGACCUAGUCGUGAUCGUGAAUACCAACCUAGAGAACGAAGGGAUGGUAGCGAGGAUCCGCCAGGCCCACUCAUUCAGAAGACCCCCAUCAUUCUUGCAAAGCCCCCCGGGGAAAGGGCCAAGCCAUCACAGAGUGCUCAUGUCAGUGGAGCUCCAGUCCUGGAGAAGCCCAUCAUGCUGAUGAAAGCCAGAGAUGAUGGAGUGAAGCCGGGGACCCCUCCAGAGGCGGCGGCUCAGCCUUCUGGUCCUGGACCCUCCAAGAUGGAGAAAGAAGGGCAGCGACCCACACAGCCUGUAUACCAGAUCCAAAACAGGGGAAUGAGUGCUUCUGCAUCAAGCAGCGCUGUGGACCCCAUGGUUGGCCAGUCUAAACUCCUCCCUCCAGAGAAGAUGAAGCACAGCAUUAAGCUAGUGGAUGAUCAGAUGAAUUGGUGUGACAGUGCCAUGGAGUAUCUCAGGGACCAGACAGAUAUGUUGGUGGUGGGAGUCAUUGGCCUGCAGGGAACUGGGAAAUCUACCAUCAUGUCACUGUUAUCUGCCAACACUCCGGAGGAAGAUCAAAGGGGUUAUGUAUUCAGAGCCCAGUCUCAAGAAAUCAAGGAAAGAGGAGGAAACCAGAGCACAGGCAUUGAUUUCUUCAUCACACAGGAGAGAGUCAUCUUCUUGGAUACGCAGCCAAUGCUCAGCCCGUCGAUUCUGGACCACCUCAUCAACAACGAUCGGAAGUUGCCUCCAGAGUACAACCUCCCUCACACAUACGUUGAGAUGCAGUCUCUUCAGAUCGCUGCCUUCCUUUUUACAGUGUGCCAUGUGGUCAUUGUGGUUCAAGACUGGUUCACUGACUUAAGCCUCUACAGGUUUCUUCAGACUGCUGAGAUGUUGAAACCCUCCACACCGUCUGCAAGCCAUGACAGCACUGGCUCUUCAGGCAGUGAUGAUGGAGCAGAGUAUUAUCCUCAUAUAGUGUUCAUCCAGAACAAGGCCAGACGAGAUGAUUUCUGCCCGAGGAAUCUAAAAAAUAUGCAUAUGAUUGUGGACAAAUUAAUGUCUCACUCUCAUCUCAAAUAUAAAGGUACAUUGUCCAUGCUGGACUGCAAUAUCUUCCCUGGCUUAGGGAAGGACUAUCUGGAAACUGAAGUCAACAUGUUUCUCCUUCCUGUGCAGGAGAAUGACGGGGAAGAUCAUCUGACUAAAGCAGGGUCGGGAACAUACCCACUUUUCUCUUUGCUCCCGGGGUACAGAGGACAUCCUCCUUUUUCUACCAUGGUUUCAAAACUCCGCAGCCAAAUGCUGGCCAUGCCCCGCUGUCAGCUGUCACACACCAUCCUCACUGAGAAGAACUGGUUUCACUACGCAGCUCGUAUCUGGGACGGGGUGAAAAAGUCCUCAGCCCUCUCCGAAUACAGCCGCCUUCUCUGCUGACACUUCGGUUGAACUCUUCUGUUCGUUAGCCGUAUGGGCUGUUAUGUCUGAUCGUCGGGUCACAGGAAGGGAGAUUUGGCUGGACCGACUUUCAUUUGAGGGAAAAAUGAAAAUGAAAGCUUGGCCAGUGGCGAGACCUCACAUGAAAUGCUGGGAUGGCACCUACUUCUGUCUCUACACUUUGGUGGGAAUGAAAAUUUUCAGGAGUCUAAAUUUCCUUCCUUGGAAAUGUAAUUUUCAGUGAACGCAACUGCAACCUGUACAUUAGUGAUGAGAAGGAGGGACAAUGUGAUCAUUUUGUUUUCAAACCAUUGUUGACUGAUGUUGUAAACUCAGUUUUCUGAGAUGAAAAUAUCACCUUCUGCAAGAUAUUUUUUUUAUUAUAAAAAGAGUAAUUGUCAGUAACUCAAAUAAAAUGAAAUUCUAGGGA